UGUAGAGAGCAGCAUUUGAUAUAAUCACAUACUUCUAUACUAUCAGCUCUUCCUUACAGUAAAGAGGGCGGGGCGAAUAGUAAAGCUCGUGCAUUUUCCUGUCGUGGCAGCCGAAACAUAAUCGUUUUUACACCAAACUAGUUAUCUACUAACUGCUUCUAAGUGGAUAUAUUCCGAAUAUAGGCUAUUAUUUUAACUAGUUAUUAGCGGUUUGCAAGCGUGUAUUCACGUUGAACAUCGAUUGACGACGAAGACCGCUCUUUAGGAGCCUGGUGGGACUUCAGUGUACCAUUUCGCUUUUUCGGAAGCAGGCUGUCUUUAUUCACAAGGAAGUGGGUAUAGACGCAUUUGAUUCAGAGCAGGAAAUACGCUCGGGCUAUGUCAUCAUGACCCAUCUUAUAGCAGUUGACUGAUACUGACCCUGCGUAUGCUGAGCAAAGCGGCGAGGGUCGGGUACGCCUCAGUCUCGUGUGAUUGGAUGCUGGAUGGGAUCAAGGUGAAUGGAACAAAAAGAGCAGGAGCUUAACCUGCCAGAGGGAGAUGAGACACGAAGAAAGAAAUACAUACAGGUUUGGAACAACAUGAGGGUGGCCAAAUGGAGUGAAAAGAAAAAGAAAGAAUAGUCAAUGCUCUAUGCAGAGCACGUCUGUGAAUAGCAUCUCUGUUCUAGGGUAUGUUCCCAGCUACCUGGAGAAAGAUGAGCCAUGUGUGGUGUGCGGGGACAAGGCCACCGGCUACCAUUACCGUUGCAUCACAUGUGAGGGCUGCAAGGGUUUCUUCAGGAGGACAAUACAGAAGAAUCUUCAUCCUUCAUAUUCUUGUAAAUAUGACAGCUGCUGCAUCAUUGAUAAAAUCACCCGCAACCAGUGCCAGCUGUGCCGCUUCAAGAAGUGCAUCUCGGUGGGCAUGGCCAUUGACUUGGUGCUGGAUGAUUCAAAGCGUGUGGCCAAGAGGCGUCUGAUUGAGGAAAACCGGGAACGGAGGAAGAAAGAGGAGGUUGUGAAAACGCUGCACAACCGACCUGAGCCCACCGUCACGGAGUGGGAGCUCAUUCGUAUGGUGACGGAGGCUCAUCGCCACACCAACGCCCAGGGCCCUCACUGGAAACAGAAACGCAAGUUCCUACCAGAAGACAUUGGGCAGUCUCCAGCACCCACAUUAGACAGCGACAAAGUCGACCUGGAGGCCUUUAGUGAGUUCACCAAGAUCAUCACCCCUGCCAUCACACGAGUUGUGGACUUUGCCAAAAAACUGCCCAUGUUCUCUGAGCUUCCCUGUGAAGACCAGAUUAUCCUGCUGAAAGGCUGCUGUAUGGAGAUCAUGUCCUUGCGUGCAGCGGUGCGGUAUGACCCAGAGAGCGAGACGCUGACCUUAAGCGGAGAGAUGGCUGUCAGUCGAGAGCAGCUGAAGAAUGGCGGGUUAGGAGUGGUGUCUGAUGCCAUCUUUGAUUUGGGCAAGAGCCUGUCACAGUUCAACCUGGAUGACUCAGAGGUGGCGUUGCUGCAGGCUGUACUUCUCAUGAGCUCAGAUCGUUCUGGACUGACAUGUGUGGAAAAGAUCGAGAAGUGUCAGGAGACGUACCUGUUAGCAUUCGAGCACUACAUCAAUUAUCGCAAGCACAGCAUCUCUCACUUCUGGCCCAAGCUGCUGAUGAAGGUGACGAACCUGCGCAUGAUCGGCGCCUGUCACGCCAGCCGCUUCCUGCACAUGAAAGUGGAGUGUCCCACAGAACUCUUCCCCCCGCUCUUCCUAGAGGUCUUCGAGGAUCAGGAGGUGUGACUGACAGCCACAGGGAAAAUUUCGGGGGAAAACUGAUCAUGAAUUUGUUUUCUCAAAGCAUACCAGAAGCAUUUGAUUUUUUCCAGCCUCAUGCAAUGCCGAAUCGGGACAUGUACUUUAUUUUGCGCCGUCGGUCCCUCAUCAGCUUUGUCUAGGAAAUGUUUUGGGGUGUCGGCCUCCACACCUUUCGACUCCACAGUCACUUGCCAUUCAGAUUCCUUCCACAGGCGGACAAAAGGCUAGCAUGCAUCAACCUACCUCUCGUACCAACAUACCUCCCAACCUCAGAAGGAGCUUAUUAUAAAAGCGUGACAAAGAAAGCCACUUUUCAAUAUCUACUUCAUAACCUGUUUCAGAAAUGCUAGCAGAGUUGUUGUAAGGACAGAGGAAACUUCUUUGAGCAACAUUUGGGCUCUACACUAUUAAUCUACAAAGUAAUGCCAAUUUUCCACAAAUUACAGUAGUAUUUUAGCGUUCAUCUUCCUCUUUGCACGCAUAGGAUAUCUCCUUUUUAAACAUAACUACCUGUGUGCACUCGUACACACUGUACAGACAUUAACAUGUCGUGUUAACUUCUCAUACCUCAUAUACACCAGCAUACAAACAUACAUGUAGCAACAUGUCCAUACAUGUAUGUAUGCUCACAAUUCUACCUGCAUCAACCCAUCUUUCUUCUUAAAAUGCAGUGUAUACAGUUCUCAUAUACCUUCCUAUCUAUCAUAUCCACUUGUAUUGCAUAUGUUACUUGAGCUGAACAUUUUCUUGUUGCAUUUUGCUGCGUGACCCAUAUAGCUGUCGUGAGUUAUCGGUCUGUCCUAGUGCUAUCCAAUUCUUGGACUGACAGAUUAAUUUACACACAUGCAUGCUAUACGCUAUAUGCUGUAUUUGAGACAUCUCCUCAUCAUGGCCUUCAGAUCGCUCUUUGUGUUCAUUUGUCUCAUCAGAUAAUCUGGUGUUUUAUAGUUACAACUAGUCUAAACAUCAAUAUGAAAAAAAAAAACGAACGAUCUGUUGCUACUUUUGUUUAAUCGUGACUUGAAAAAUCUAUUUCUCUAUGGAGAAAACAUGGGAUUUUCAUCUGCCUAAACAGCCACUAUGAGGCUUUUUAAUCCCAAAAACAAAAUCACUAAUUGCCAGUUUGCUGAUAAACUUUUGGGCUCAAUCACUUUCAACAAAUCAUUAACAAGUAUUUUGUCUCUAAAUUUAUAUUAUAUAAUAUAAAGGAUUCUCAUUAGUUGCCAAAAUCUGCACAUUUAAGAUUGGCUCUAUUAUUUUUUUUAAAUAAAUUUAAAACACUUUUCUUUUUUUGCUGGUUAGAGCGACAAACCGUUGUUUGGGAAAGUGUUGUAGUUGUGUUUUUUCAUAUUCCGUGUUUUGGGAGGGAAAAUAAAAACAACAAGGACUUUUAGCCAUAUUGUACCCUAAAUCUGUACUGAUUUUGAAAGGAGGUAACUUACGAUCUCCCUAACCUCCUUGUUAGAAGAAAGUAAAUAAUUGCACUUACCCCUCAUCCCUGCAUAUAUGUUCCUGCUUAAACCUGUACAUAAACAUACACAUUUACACUAAAAAGUCACAAAAAUGUGAUAUCAACCUCACUCAUGUGUGUAUUCUGCUUUCCCUUUCACUUGCGAUGUGGGACCAAGUCUUGUUCCCUGUUUCUGUGGAUAGUAAGAAUGUGCCAGGCUGAAUGAAUUUCGUCGUGUUCAUCAAGAUGACUCCUGCUCAAGGUGAACCUCAUACAGGUCCCCUUGCCUCCAAACCCAAACUGAUCACAUGCAACCGACCAUCUCACACAAGAACUGUACAUAAACUUUUGCACAGCAAAGGACACAGCCAGACCCCCAAUGCAUCUCUUCAAAUAGUUUAACCAGCAUAUUUUUUUCUUGGUUCAUAUGCAUAGCAAGAUUUCAGUGUCCUUUUUGACCGAUACUGUCAGUAUGGCUCUAGGAAGUGAGGCAUGGCAAGUACAUCCUCACUGUGACUAGCUAAACUCAGGCCCCAGGCCAUGCACCUGACUCAGGCUCAAUCCUACCCACCAGCACUGGCCACAGUCACAAUCUACUGCACCAGCAAGGGUCAGCUCAGCUGAGCCCUGCCCACCCCCCCAGCGCUUGAUAAGGGGAAUCAGGAAGCCUUUUUUUUUUUUUUUUUUUUUGCUGGAUGUACAAACCUGGUUUACAGCACUUUUAUUAGAACAGAAUUUAGUCCUUUACACCUAGCCAGAUCAUGAAUAUGUUGAUUGAAACUUUGACUCUUAAAAGGGUCAUAUCAUGAUAUUUUGAAAUAAAAGUUUAUUGUGCUAUGAAAUCAUACUGUAACUUUCAGAACUUCUUCCCUCGUUCAGAAUUAGGCUCAAACUUUGUAUGUGUUUUGGCCGUUCAUUUAGACGACAAAGGCAUGUUGGGGGCCAGAAAAUGCAAACUUCUGAAAACUGGUUUCAAAGUGCAAGUUUUUGAAAAUGAUACUAAUAUUGUCUUUGUGUAAACUAAAAAAAACUUGAAUUUGUGAAAACGGUGAUGUGUUCAGUCUAAGAGUGGUGCAGGAAUUACGUAAAUUUGUAGGCCAAAUUGUGGAAACUACUUUACCACAAGUUUAGGGUUUCAGGGAAGAUUGAAUCCAGUUUACAGAUGAGAACAUGCGAAACGCGCCGAAAUUAUGUAAUGACUUAAAGGCACAAAAACCAUUAAAAAUAACAUUUUGACUAUUGUCGGAGCACAAAUGUAUAAAUAAAUAAGUGGACCUCAGGGUGGAAAAUGUAAUGCUAUGACUCCUUUAAUAGGUCUUAAAAAAGGCCUUUCAACAGCCCUCUGGAAGAUUCACUCGAACUAUUAAAUCCCUUGUCAUCUGCAUGUCUGCAAUGUAGCAAGUCAGUUUUGAGAUCUGUGUCAAGACCUGACAUUCCAUUAAGAAAAAAACACCCUGUCCAUCUGAUGAGGAUUUAAAAAAAUUAAUAAUAAAAGAGAGAAAACGCUUAUUAUUUACUCAGAAUACUUGCUGUAUUUUAUGCACAUUUGCAGGCUGUUUAUGUAACUGUGAAUUUUCAAUGAGUGGAUUGUUAUGAGCAACUGUUCAGAGCAAAACUAAAGUUUAUUUUAGACACUGCUUUUUUGUGGAUGCUUUUUGAUCUGAACUGUACUGUGUUUCUGUAAAUGCUCAGUGUGGAUGGCCAUUGUGCAUCUUUUGUGUUUGAUUUGACACACUUCAUUAGUAUUUACGCCAGCUUUCUCCCAUAUCAAGAUUCUCUUGUAGUGACUCGAUAAAGAACAAUGAUUUCUGUUAUUUCAAACCUUCAUACCUCACAUGCAAUCGAUACAGGAGGGUGAGUUUAGCGUAGAAUCACAUCUGUGUCAAAAUUAAACAGUAAUUCUCACUCCUCCAGUAUCUUAGCCAACACACGUACUGCCAUGAUGUGAUCAGGCUGGAGUGAACGUUGAAUGUUAAUGUUAGUUUAAAAAAAAAUUGUAUCCAGCUAUUAAAGAACACAUCUGCAGCAAAUCUAAAUAUAGGCCUAAGUAAAAAAAAAA